ACGCAAUUGACGGCAGUCACCACGACAAACAACAGAAGUAAGUAUUGCGCUUCUACACUUCCACAAACACAAACACACACACACUCGUCGGGGUUGUUUUUCGUGUUGUUAAGCAGUCAGACAGGGUUGGUUUUUACUGGAACAAUAACAGCUCUAACCUUCCGAGACUCGUAAUCUCGUUUGCUAAAUCAACUGUGUGUCGAAGCAGAAUCGGUUACCACCGAGCACCAAGCUGGCUGUUUGUUGUUUGCUGGCCACCAUCGUCCACGACAAGAGUCGUCUGUAUUUUAGCCGUCGCACCAUUAGGUGGUGGCUGUUGUGAAUCUCGAGUGCCGAAACCAGCAUGGUCGGUUGUGUAUCAAGACGAUUAGUUUGAGGAAAAAAAGUACCCGCAACAGCCAUGGACGAUAGCACGAAAAGCCACCAGAUGCUGCUGCUAAUACUGUUGGCCGCGUUGGUGGGCCCAUCGGCUGCAGCGUUGGCGCCCAGCACGCGCGACAAUACCUCCCUGCACGAGCGCUUGACGGCGCUCGAGAGCACCAUAACUUCCCGAGAUGAGGAGCUCGCCAAGAUGCUGCAGCUGCUGCUCACCAAUCAGCGCGAAAUACUCCGACUCCUGCAGCAAGACACUCCCAAAGCGUUCUGCGCAACGGACGGCACGCAGCAUCAACCAUCAACGCAACCAACGCGCCCAUGCAACCGUGACCACUCGUUCACUAACUCGCUCCAUCCUGGAUCGCUCCAACCUCCGGGCAACGCUACCGCGCCCUCGACCGCUGCCUACCGCCAGGAAGCGCACCCGGCGGGCACGCAUCCGCGCAGCUGCCGCGAAAUCCCGGACGGCAUGUCGGGCGAGGAGCUGAUCUACCCGUCGGCCGGCGCGGCCGGCCCGGGCGAACCGCUCGAGGUGUACUGCGACCAGGACUUCGAGGACGGCGGCUGGAUCGUGAUCCAGAACCGGUUCGACGGGUUCGUCAACUUUAACCGGAGCUGGGAGAAGUACCGCGACGGGUUCGGCGACAUCGGUACCGAGUACUGGCUCGGGCUGGACGAGAUCCACCGGCUCACGGUGGCGGUGCCGCACGAGAUUGCGUUCGUGGCCGAAUCGUUCAAGGGCGAGCGGCGCUGGGCCCGCUACACCCUGUUCGAGAUCGGGGGCGAAACGGACCGGUACCGGCUGCAGAAGCUCGGCGUGUACUCCGGCACGCUCGGCGACGAGUUCACGUACAAUCUGGGCAUGCAGUUCUCGACGUACGACCAGGACCACGACCAGUACGGCGAUGUGAACUGUGCGCACCGGACGGCGGCCGGCUGGUGGCACCGGAGCUGCACCCGCAUCAACCUGAACGGGCUGUACGGGAACGAGUCGGGCGUCCGGUUCGCCUACUGGCUCGACUGGCUCCAUCUGCAGGGGCUGAAGCGUACCCGCAUCAUGAUACGGGAGAUAAAGAAGCGCCGCAAGUAGCCCGCGGGUUUUCGCACUCUCUGCUGGUAGGAAAAUAAACUGGUAGCACCAGCACAA